AUGUCUUUUAUCCAUAACCUCGUGCAUCGUUCUCUUCCUUCACGUCUUCUAAUUUUCCUCAUCUUCUUAGUGUUAUUCGGGAAAUCCCAAAAGGAAGCUUUACAAGUUAAAGUGGGAAUUGUUCUUGACUCUAAUAAGACAUUAGGAGCUUUGAGCUUGCGAGCUAUCAACAUGUCUCUCUCGGAAAUCUAUAAAACUCAUAGUAGCUUCAAGACAAGGGUUGUCCUCAACAUCCGAGACUCCAAAGAAACUGUUGUUGGUGCUGCAGCUUCAGCUUUAUACUUGAUUAAGAAGAGGGAAGUGGUGGCCAUUAUUGGACCAGGGAGUUCAAUGCAAGCUCCAUUUGUAAUCAACCUCGGAAACCAAUCUCAAGUUCCAAUCAUUUCAUUCUCUGCAACAUGCCCUCUUCUGGAUUCCCACGGUGGUACAUAUUUCAUCAGAGCCACACACGACGAUUCAGCUCAAGUUCAAGCCAUAAGCGCCAUCAUAAAGUCAUUUAGAUGGCGAGAAGUUGUGACUAUUUAUGUAGACAAUGUGUUCGGAGAAGGUAUUCUUCCUUACCUAGUCGAUGCUUUUCAAGAGAUUAACGUUCGUAUCCGAUAUCGAUGCGCCAUAUCGUUACAUUUCUCUGAUGAAAAAAUCGAGAUAGAGCUUUACAAUCUAAUGAACAUGCCCACUAGGGUUUUUGUCGUGCACAUGUCGCAUGAUCUCGGGGCGAGGCUUUUUUCGAUAGCUAAAAAGAUUGGUAUGAUGAGUAAAGGAUAUGUAUGGAUUGUUACAAAUGGUAUAGCUGAUGUCAUGAGUUUAAUGGGGGAAACAAGCUUGGAAGAUAUGCAUGGUGUCUUGGGUGUCAAGACAUAUUUGCCUAGGUCAAAAGAGCUAGAGUCUCUCGCAGCUCGUUGGCGAAAAAGAUUUGGAGGAGAAGAGCUAAACAAUUUUGGAUAUCGGGCUUAUGAUGCUGCCACAGCACUUGCAAUGUCAAUUGAAGAAAUAAGUAACGAGAACAUGGGUUUCAAGAAGACCAAAAACAUUUCAAGAGAAGAUAUCGAGACAGAUCUUGAUGAUCUCGGCGUCUCUCUCUCUGGUCCUAAGCUUAAACAAGCGUUAUUAGCAGUCAGUUUCGAAGGUGUUGCCGGGAAAUUUAAGCUGACGAAACAAAGGAAGCUAGAGGCGACGCUUUUCGAGAUAAUCAAUAUACAAGGAAGCAGGGAGACAACGGUGGGAUUUUGGAAACGUCCUCAAGGCCUAGAAGUAGGACUAGUGAAGAACCUAAGCGUGUCUCAAAUAGGCGAUAAUAACUCACAAAGCUGGCAUCGCCUUGAACAAAUUAUAUGGCCAGGGGACACUAUUUAUGUGCCUAAAGGUUGGGAUUUCCCAAUAAAUGCAAAGAGGCUGAAGAUAGCAGUUCCAAAGAAGGAUGGUUUCCACCAAUUUGUGAAGGUAACAAAGGAUGCACAUACAAAUGUUCUAACGGUCACCGGUUUUUGCAUAGAUGUUUUUAACACGGUGAUCGGACAAAUGCCAUAUGCUGUCCCUUUUGAGUACAUCCCCUUUGAAACUCCUGAUGGGAAAUCAGGCGGAAGUUACGAUGAAAUGGUUUAUCAAGUGUCUCUUGGGGAGUAUGAUGGAGCUGUAGGGGAUACAACAGUCUUAGCCAAUAGGUCUGCUUAUGUCGACUUCGCAUUGCCAUACUCAGAGAAGGGUAUUGUGUUCGUGGUGCCGGUCAAGUUUGAGAGAGAGAGAGGAGGAUGGGUCUUCUUGAAGCCUUUCACAAAGGAGCUCUGGUUGCUCACUGCUGCUUCUUUUCUCUUCAUUGGAAUUAUGGUUUGGAUUUUUGAGCACCAAGCAGAUGAGGGUUUCAGGAGACAUAACAUCGCUGAUAAUCUAUCUAAUGUGUUCUACUUCUCAUUUUCCACUCUCUUUUUCGCACACAGGAAGCCAUCAGAGAGCUUUUGCACGAGGGUUCUUGUGGUGGUUUGGUGCAUUGUGUUACUAAUUCUAACUCAGAGCUACACAGCGACACUGACCUCGAUGCUGACGGUUCAAGAGCUUCGACCAACAGUGAGACACAUGGAUGACCUUAAUAAGAGCGGAGUGAGCAUUGGAUAUCAUUAUGGUUCGUUUACAUUCGAAAGAUUGAAACAAAUGGGUUUCAAUGAAUCGAGGUUAAAGCCUUAUGAUUCCCCACAAGAAAUGCAUGAGCUUUUUCUCAACAAGAGCAGCAAUGGUCGUAUUGGUGCUGCAUUCGAUGAAGUCCCUUAUGUCAAGCUUUUCAUGGCUAAAUAUUGCAAAGAGUAUUCCAUUAUCGAGCCUACCUUUAAGGCCGAUGGCUUUGGCUUUGCUUUUCGACUGGGAUCUCCGUUGGUGUCAGAUAUUUCAAGACAGAUAUUGAACAUAACAGAGGGAGGGAGCAUGAAAGCUAUGGAGAACUAUUGGCUUUUAGGAGAGAAAGAAUGCCAGGCCUCGACCACAUCGGAUUCUCCACUCCAGCUCGACCACCACAGCUUUCAUGCUCUGUUUCUGAUCGUCUUUGUCGUCUCUAUGCUUCUACUAUUACUGAUGUUGGCUUCUAAGGGGUACAAAGAGAGACAAGGCGACAACGGCGAGGUCGAACUUGUAGCUCAAGAUGGAGUCAAUGACGAUGGUAAUGUUGAAUAUGGAGAUGAAGAAGAUGAUGAUCAUGACCAUCAUAUUGCGGAUGUUGCUAGAGCUUUGAUCCGUCGUAAAAAGUUUGUUAGGCUUUUCAAGCCACGUCCAACUCCCUGUUAG